UCGAGCUUGCUCGACCGGAGAACGAUCGAUGCCGCCGGGUUUUCAGCUCCUCGUCUUCGCCCACGCAGCUGCGUCGGGGCUGCCCGACCUCGCGAGCACACCGCUCCACAAUGUUCAAGUCGCCGACCCGACCGGCAUGCUCCUGUCGCACGCUCAGGGACUCCGCCCGAACCACUCGUCGGGCGCGGCGGCCGACGACCCUCUGCUCUUUCGCCAUCGGUUCCAGCACCACAACGCCGCGACUGACAGCCUUCUCUACUACCAGUACGAGGCCAAGCGGCACCCAAACGUCGUCGUCCUCACGGACAUGGUCGAGUCGUGUGAGGCGUCGGACGGCGAGGGAGGCGACGACGUGACAGACAUCAAGGUCGCGACGAGCGUUCCGAUGAACAUGACGAACGGGACGAUCAUCGUUGGCGACGUCAACUGCACCUUUCGAGAGGCCGAUGGCACCUCCUCGCCGUGGCGCAGCACCCUUCGCGAGCGCGUGCUUUCUUCCUCCAUCGCCGCGUCUGCUGCUGACAGCCAGCUGGUGAAUCUUCGCACGGUGCACGCCGCGCUCAAUGAGAUAUUCCAGCAUGCGCAGCUCGAGCUCUUUCAGGGCAGGCCACACGCGUUUGAUGCUGCCCGCGACAAGCGCUUGGCAUCGCUGGCUAACAAUGGCGGGUAUGACGACAAGUAUGGCUUUGCGAGUGCAGACGCGGUGAUCGCAGACGCAAAGAAGGACGCUCUCGCUCGGCGCCGGCUUGCCGACGCGGCGCGCCCUCAGAAGCAGAAGAAGUCGUCCCCGCAGAACACAUCGUCGGCCAACCGGCGCGAGCUCUACCAUACCUCAUGCAACCGUCUGUUAUUGCAGGACGGGGUACAAGACGACUUCACCCUCGUACUCCAAGGGACAGACUGCAACGACGGCGACCGACCGGGCCCUGGCAUGGAGGAUCGGACAUGUUUCUGGAAGACUGGAGACAAGAUUUCCCUCAAGGCUGGGAACGAGUACACUCUCCGGUGGAAAAGCAAUACGAACGAGCGUGUUGAAAUCUUCGUGCAAGAAUCGGACGGUGGGUGGGGCAGCACCCACUGCGCAGACCUUUCCCCCCGGUAUUGGAUCACCAAUCGAAGGUAUACGAGCGGAGAUAUGCGUGACUCACCAAACGUAUUCACAUUCACGAUGCCGGACGCGGCUUCCCCGAGUUCUUUUUU